UAGGAGUAGGUCCAAAAUCAGUAUUAAUUUACCCCCAUUUGAGAAUAUUGACAGAGGCAUCUCCCCUCCCGGAGUAGUGCAGACAGAGCACCCAUUGCCAACAGUAUUAAGAGAGGUGAAAACUUAAAACAGUUAAACGUGAAACCCUCCAAAACCCAAAAAUUAAAAAACAAACAAAAAUCACAAGCGUAUAAAUUAAGCUCAAAAAUUAUUCUGUCAUCCCAAACUUAUGCAUAUUGAUACAGAUAUUCUACAAGUCGAGGAGACUCAAGAAAGUUGCACUGACGUUCUAAUGGUCGAUUCAAUCGCCAACAGCCGCCCAAUAAGGAAGCGCUCCUGGCACCUCGUCGGUCCCAACUUUGAACCCAGUCCCGAGUUGAGAGAUUAUCUUCAAGAAGAUGCUAGAGUUUUGGUGGUUGGGGCUGGUGUAGGAUGUGAAUUGUUGAAGGACUUGGCUUUGUCUGGGUUUAAGAACCUUGAUGUUAUUGAUAUGGACCGCAUCGAAGUCACCAAUCUUAAUCGUCAAUUCUUAUUCAGGCUUGAAGAUGUGGGGAAACCAAAGGCUGAGGUGGCUGCAAAACGUGUCAUGGAAAGAGUUAGUGGUGUUAAUAUCGUUUCGCACUUUUGCCGGAUUGAGGACAAGGAUAUCGAUUUCUACAAUGAUUUCAUCAUAAUUGCUCUUGGGCUUGACUCUGUUGAAGCACGAAGCUAUAUAAAUGCAGUGGCUUGCAGCUUUCUAGAGUAUGACGAGAAUGAUAGGCCUAAGGUGGAAACUGUUAAGCCUAUGGUGGAUGGUGGAACUGAAGGUUUUAAGGGUAAUGCUAGAGUGAUCUUACCAGGAAUGACACCUUGUUUUGAAUGUACCAUCUGGCUUUUCCCUCCUCAAGUCAAGUUUCCAUUAUGCACUCUUGCAGAGACACCUAGAACCGCUGCACAUUGUAUAGAAUAUGCUCAUCUAAUUAAAUGGGAUGAGGUUAACAGUGGGAAAGCUUUUGAUCCUGAUGACCCAGAGCACAUGCAAUGGGUCUAUAAGGAGGCUCUCAAGCGUGCUGAGCUUUUCGGCAUUCCAGGAGUCACAUAUUCUCUAACUCAGGGAGUUGUAAAAAAUAUUAUACCAGCUAUCGCAUCAACCAAUGCUAUUAUAUCAGCUGCUUGUACCCUAGAAACUCUAAAGAUUGCAUCUGGAUGCAGUAAAACCUUAUCCAACUAUUUAACGUACAACGGUGUUGAAGGUCUACACACCAAAGUGACAGAGUUGGACAAAGAAAAGGAUUGUCUUGUGUGCGGCCCUGGAGUUCUUAUUGAGUUGGAUACCUCUUGCACUCUGCAGAAGUUAAUUGAACUGCUGGCGGAGCAUCCCAAGCUGCAGCUGUCAAAAGCAAGUGUGACAUACCAAGGAAAAAGCUUGUACAUGCAGGCACCUCCUGUGCUUGAAGAGAUGACUCGCUCAAAUCUCUCGAAACCACUAUUCGAGUUGAUGGAAAGAACUUACAGUGGCACUGUUCAUGUAUCUGGCACAUCUAUCAAGAACAACAAGAAAACGUCCAGUUUAAGAAAAUUACGUGUUGCCUACAAGAGAGUCGAUGGGAUGACGGAGAUGGAUACUGCUGGUGGUGCAUAGUUGCAGUGACUGCAUUUGAUUGAUCCAUGUGGCCCAAAUCUUCUAUCCUUUUCAUGCUGCCCAUCAUUCAAGUUUUAUCCAUUGAUCAAAGUAAUCAGGUUCAUGUCUGGACUCCUGACCGUCAGUUUCAGGUGGGUAGAGCUUAUUGUUGGGGGCGGUAGUGUUUGACUAGUUUACGCUAUAUUAUUUUGAGAAGGGGUGUAAACUAUUUCAUAGUGGCUGAACCUCAACUCAUUUACCAAAAGCCUGAAGCAGGUUGGCUCUUCAGUAAUGCAUGAUCAAUUGAGCUGCUGCUUGUUGUGUUCCCUAGUGAAUUGGUAGGAACAGUCCACCAGAUAUACUUAUUUUCUUAGGAAUGUAAAAUGUACAUUUUUGCA